GCGAGCGCGGCAGGCUAUGGGAUGGACGAAGCGGAGCAGGACCAGUAUGAAGCGCGCCUCAAGGAGCUCUUCGACAGCUUCGACAGCACCGGCACCGGCUCGCUGGGCCAGGAGGAGCUCGCCGACCUCUGCCACGUGCUGCACCUCGAGGAGGUGGCCCCGGUGCUGCAGCAGACGCUGCUGCAGGGCAAUCUCCUAGGCAGGGUCCACUUUGCCCAGUUCAAAGAAGCCCUUAUCCUCAUCCUCUCCAGGACCCUGUCAAACGAAGAGCCCUUCCAAGAACCAGGUUCCUCCCCGCAGGCGCAGCCCAAGUUCGUCAAGGGCGGCAAGCGCUACGGGCGCCGCUCGCUGCCCGAGUCGCCAUUUCCAGCUGUGGGAGAUGUCCUGUGCCGGAUACAAGGGCUCCGGGAACGGUGCCUCCUUGUGCUGCGGGGCUCUGCUGCUUUCCCAGGAGCUGUGUCCCAGCUGGAUGAGCGUGCCAGUCCCCCAGCAAGUGUGCCAGAGCACUGGAAGACGCGGGACAGCGAGGAAUAUGAGGCCGAGGGGGUGGAGGAGAAGCUGCAGGAGGUCUGCGAGCGCCUCGGCGUCGCCCGCCCCGGCCGCCUGCACAGGGAGAAGCUCCUCUCCAUCUGCGAGCAGUACGGCCUGCAAAACGUGGACGGGGAGGUGCUCGAGGAGGUGUUCCACAACCUGGAGCAGGACGGCACCAUGAGCGUGGAAGACUUCUUCUACAGCCUGUUUGGGAACGGCAGGUCGCUCGCACCCUCGGCCUCGACCCCGUACAGGCAGCUCAAGAGACACCUCUCCAUGCAGUCCUUCGACGAGAGCGGGCGGCGCACGACGGCGCCGGCCAUGAGCGGCACCACCGGCUUCCGCGUCUUCUCCAGCCUGGACGACGGCAUGGGCUACGCCUGCGUGGAGGGCAUCCUGGACACGUGGCACGAGGAGGGCAUCGAGAACAGCCAGGACAUCCUCAAGGCUCUGGAUUUCAGCUUGGAUGGGAAGGUGAACCUGACGGAGCUGACGCUGGCUCUGGAAAAUGAGCUCUUGAUGACCAAGAAUGGGAUUUAUCAAGCAGCACUGGCAAGCUUCAAGACAGAGAUAAGACAUUUGCUGGAGCGGGUCGACCAAGUGGCCAGAGAGAAGGAGAAGCUGCGCUCGGACCUGGAAAAGGCAGAAAAGCUGAAAUCCCUCAUGGCCUCUGAGGUGGACGACCACCACGCUGCCAUAGAGCGCCGGAACGAGUACAACCUCAGGAAGCUGGAUGAGGAGUACAAAGACCGAGUCGCGGCUCUAAAGAACGAGCUGCGGAAAGAGCGGGAGCAAAUCCUGCAGCAGGCCAAUAAGCAGCGUCUGGAGCUGGAGCAGGAGAUUGAAAAGCUGAAAACGGAGGAGAACUACGUCCGUGACCGCCUCACCCUUUCCAUGAAGGAGAACAGCCGUUUGGAAAACGAGCUCUUGGAAACUGGAGAAAAACUGGCCGAGUACGAAAGUCUAGCGAGCAAACUGCAGCGGAACUUGGAAAAUGUCCUGGCGGAGAAGUUUGGCGACCUGGACCCCAGCAGCGCCGAGUUCUUUCUGCAGGAGGAGCGGCUGGCGCAGAUGAAGAGCGAGUACGAGCUGCAGUGCCGGGAGCUGCAGGACCAAAUAGACGAGCUGCAGUCCGAGCUGGAGGAGUUCCGCGCUCAAGGCAAAGGCUUCAGGCCCCCUCUGCGGAACUCGCUGUCCGAGGAGUUCGACAUGGAUAUUAAAAGCCAUGGUAAUAGCGGCAUUGAGCCUGACCAAGGACUUGGAUCAGAGGACUGCAAUCCACUCAACAUGAGCAUAGAAGCAGAAAUGGUUAUUGAGCAAAUGAAGGAGCAGCAUCACCGGGACGUAUGUCACCUCAAGCAGGAGCUCGAAGAGACUGUGAGCCAUUAUGAAAAGCAACUAAAUGAGACAAAAAUCCACUGUGAAAAGGAGCAAGAAGACAUGAGGAAAAAGUGCUCUGAAGAGAUGCAUGUCAUGGAAAAGCAAAUAACUGGCCUUAAAAGCCAAAUUGCAGAACUGCAGGGAGAAGCAGCAGCGCUCCGCAAACAGCAAGAGCAGCUUGGCUGUGACCAUAACGAUGAGAAAAACAGGUUGCAAAUGAGCUUCAAUGAGGAAAAAGCUAAUCUGCAAGAACUACUCAGGCAGGAACACGAAGCAGACGUUCGAGUUAAGCUGGAGGAGGCAACCGAGAGAUUUAGCCGAGAACGGGAAGAACUGAUUCAAAAGGGUGCCUGGAUGGAGGAAAAGAUGAGGGUUUUGGUGCAGACUCUGCAGGAAGAGAAGGGAGAGCUGGAACGUGGCUUCCAGGAGCAGCUGAAGAGGGUGACGGAAAUGCACGUCCUGGAGAAAGAGGAGCUGCAGCAGGAGCUGCUGAGGAGGCACAAGCAGGAGCUGGAGGAGGAAAGGAAAAAAAUGGAAAGUGACUAUAACAGAAGAGCAUCUCAUGCAGAAACUGAGUUUUCUGUCAACACACAAACGCUUGCAAAUAAAUAUGAAGAAACGAUCCAAAAUCUGGAAGGCCGCUACCAACGGGAGUUGCAUGAGCUUGCCGAGCAGCAGAGAGAAGAAAGAUCUCAGUGGGAGUUUGAGAAGGAUGAGAUUUUCCAGGAGGUUGCUGAAAGCCAAGAGCAACUGAAGGAAAGGCUGGCAAAUGAGAAGGCCCUUUCUCUUGCUCUAAGCCAGGAGAAGGAGCUCCUGGAGAAAAGCUUGAAGGAGGAAGUGAACAAGCUGGUGUGUGAAAAGGAACAGCUUCAGAAAGAGCUGCAAGAGCUGAGAAAUGCUACCGAAAAGCAGGAGAUUGAGUUGAAUGAGAAAAUAUUGCAACUCCAAAGUGACCACGAGAAAGAGCUGAAGAGCAAGGAGGAGUGUAUGUCUGUGAUGGAGGAGGACAGGAGGCUGGCCAGCCAGGAGCUGGAGAGGCUCGACAGGGAGCAUAAGCAGGAGAAAGAAGAACUCAACUCCAAACUUCUUGCUUUAGAGAGCUUAAACAAUGACCUCCGUGCAAGGGCAGAAAGAGAGAAGGCAGAGAUGAACUUGGAAAUCUCAGAUCUUCAAGAGAAAAUACAGAAGUUGCAGUGGGAAGCCGUCAACUUUUCUAUGCUGCAAAAUCAUUACAGGGUAUUGGAAAGUGAGUAUGCAAAAGCCAAAAGAAAAAUCGCUUCCUUCUCUGCUAUGGAGCAUCCAGGAGAUGACGCAGACGUUCUCAGGAGCCUGCAGAAAGUGCACGAGCAAGCCGUGAAGGAAAACGUGCGAAUGGCCUCAGAGAUCGUCAGGCUGCAGCUCGGAGCGGUCCCAGGGCUGUCCAGUGACACGGAUAAGGGAGCGGACUCGGAUGUCUGCCCAUUGCCGGGGGCUAACGCGCCGGGAAGUUCGAUGGUCCUGGAUGCUGCUUGUAGCCACGAGUCGGAGAAGAUGCAAGAGCUGAUUUCUCUAGUGCCCCUGGCACAAAAGAAGCUGAGGGAUCUUGAGAGAACCCUUUCAAGAGUUCCCCGACUAAAGCUCUUACCCCAUGAUAUCAGGCAGAACACGCAUCUGGUGAAUAACAGAAUAGCAACCAAAAACAAAGGCUUUUUUCUGGAUGCUUCUAAGCUGCAGACUGAGCUUGAAGAGGCUGAAGAACUGACUGGUGCUUCUCUGCAGCUGGAGCAGGUUUCUGCACUAGCCAAGGAGAAGGGUGACCUGAAAAACCUAAUACCUCAGUUUUGGAAGAGGAUUGAAGAGUUAGAAGAAAGAUCAGUAGCCCAAGCUAAGCUUCUGUCUUUACAGGAAGAAAUCCAGGUGGAAAAUGAAGGGCUGAAGUCUAAACUGGGAGAGUUGAUGGAAAAAAAUAAAGCACUAGAAGGCGACUUACAAGAGCUGAGAAGCCUUCAUUGCAAGCUGGAAGAAAGUGACCUGGAAACGAUUGAACUCAUAGAGGAAAAAGGCCAGCCCCUCAGGAAAGCUGAAGAAUUGGAAGACAUCCAAGAUCAAUAUGCACAGGGGAAAACAGAGGCGUCUGGUGAGAAGCUAAGACCCCAAUGCCAGUUUGGGAAGGUGGAAGAGCCCUCAGUGACACCGAGGGCUUGCACUGACUUGCAAGACAAGCGUGGCCAACGUGAUACCCCCGUGCAAGAGAGCUCCGGGGAGAAGAAGGAGCAGCAGGAGCUCAACAGAAAGCUGAAAGCUGCAGCUCUGGGUAGCCAAAAUGCCACGCGGCCUGGCCAAGGGACAGAGGAGCGGAGCAGCGUGACGCACGGCUUGCAAAGCACCUGCAGCGAGCUGCAGCACAAGGUGGAUCUGUUGAGGUGUGAAGCUGAGAAGCUGAGAGAAGAAAAUGCCCUGCUGAAAAACGAGGUGACUUUAUUAAAUGAGGAAGGCAGCGCUUCCAACCUGAAACUGCGGGAGCUGAGCGGGUCGCGAGAAGAAAUGCGGCAAAAAAUAGAGGCAGUAAGAAAGGAGAAAGUGGCUGUACAGAAGAUGGUUGACAACCUGAAAAAGCAGGUAGUGGAUCUGAAAACAAGGAACCAGCAGCUGGAUUCGGAAAAUACAGAGCUUAGCCAGAGGAAUUCCAAAAACCAGGCGGAUGUGCAGGAUCUCAAUCAACAGCUGGCAAAGGUGCUCAAGCAAAAGGAAAGGGAAGCAGGAAAGUGUUCCUUGGAAGAAUGGGAAAAGGAGAGAUUGCUGCUGAAAGAGGAACUGGAAAACUCUAAAAUA